AUGACUGGUUUCGCGCCGCUCACGAGCCGGGGUUCCCAGCAGUACAGAGCCCUGACAGUCCCUGAGCUGACCCAGCAGAUGUUCGAUGCGAAAAACAUGAUGUGUGCGGCAGACCCACGCCACGGCCGCUACUUGACCGCCGCGGCGCUCUUCCGCGGUCGCAUGUCCACGAAGGAAGUUGAUGAGCAGAUGUUGAAUGUGCAAAAUAAGAAUUCGUCGUAUUUCGUCGAGUGGAUCCCGAACAACAUCAAAGCGUCAGUUUGCGACAUCCCCCCGAAGGGAUUGAAGAUGGCGGUGGCUUUUGCCGGCAAUUCUACCGCGAUCCAAGAAAUGUUUAAGCGUGUAGCAGAAUAUUUCACUGCCAUGUUCCGGCGCAAGGCGUUCCUUCAUUGGUACACAGGGGAGGGCAUGGACGAGAUGGAGUUCACCGAGGCCGAGAGUAACAUGAACGACCUGGUUUCCGAGUACCAGCAGUACCAGGACGCCACCGCCGAGGAGGAGGGCGAGUUCGACGAAGAAGAGGAGGGCGAGCAGUGA